AACGUGAGCGGGAUGGGGCGGCGGGAGCGGGGAGGGACCGGGUAGGGAGCGGGGAGGGACCGGGCAGGGAACGGCAGGAGCGGGCAGGGACUGGUUCGGGAUCGGCAAGGACCGGGCGGGACCGAGCAGGACCGGGCAGGGAGCGGAUAGGACCGGGCAGGAGCGGGCAGGAGCGGAUAGGACCGGGCAGGAGCGGGCAGGACCGGGCAGGACCGGGCAGGAGCGGGCCGGGAGCGGGCAACAAAGAGCUGGGUCCGGCCGGGCCGCGGGGCAGCGCUCGGUGCGGCGGGAGGAAGGCUCGGAGAGGCACCGGCCCCAUCCAGCCGCUCCCUGCCGGGCUGGGAGCGAACGAGGGAAGCGGGCAGCAGCGGCGGGGAGCCCCGGGACCGAUCCCGAGCCCCUCCCGGGGCCGCUCCCGGUGCCGGUGCCGCUCCCGGUCCCAUUGUCUCUCCUGGAGCCGCUCCCGAGGGCACUCCCGGUACCGCUCCCGACCCCGGUACUGAUCCCGACCCCGGUGCCGCUCCCAAUCCCGGAGCCACUCCCGGUUCCGAUCCCGGUACCGAUCCCGGAGCCCUUCCCGGUACCGCGGAGCAGCAGCAACGCUUCAAAGUGAAAUUCCGGAGGAAAUUUAAAGAGCAUCCGGAUCCGGAGAAAGACAGAAAGAAAGAGGAAGGGGAGAAGGAGGAGGAGGAGAAGGAGGAGGAGGCGGCGGCGGCGGCGGCUGGCGAGGCUCGGUGCCGGUACCGGCGGGGAUGGGGGAAUGAAUCCCUGUGGAGGAGCCUCAGAGCAGCUGAGAGAGCCCUGAGAGGAGCUGCUGGAGGAGGGGACACCCCGCUGACUGCACCAGCCUCCUGCCCUUACUAACAAAUGUCAGCAACUCGGGAGCAGCCCAUCUUCAGCACCAGGGCCCACGUGUUCCAGAUCGACCCGGCCACCAAGAGGAACUGGAUCCCGGCCAGCAAGCACGCCCUGACCGUCUCCUACUUCUACGAUGCCACCCGCAGCGUCUACAGGAUCAUCAGCGUGGGGGGCACCAAGGCCAUCAUCAACAGCACCAUCACCCCCAACAUGACGUUCACCAAGACCUCGCAGAAGUUCGGGCAGUGGGCUGACAGCAGGGCCAACACGGUCUACGGGCUGGGCUUCGCCUCCGAGCAGCACCUCAGCCAGUUUGCAGAGAAGUUCCAGGAGGUGAAGGAGGCCGCUCGUGUGGCCAGGGAGAAAUGCCAGGACAAGACUGAGCUCACCAACCCUGCCCUGAGCAUCCCUUCCCACCAGGUGCUGCCCAGCCCCAUCAUCAGCUCCAACGGGCCGGGCGAGGACAAACUGUUCCGCAGCCAGAGCGCGGAUGUGGAGAGCAGCACCGAGAAGGAGAGGCUCAAGAAGAUGCUCUCGGAGGGCUCGGUGAGCGAGGUGCAGUGGGAGGCCGAGUUCUUCAGCCUGCAGGACAACAACUCCAAGCUGGUGGCUGCCCUGCACGAGGCCAACGCCAGCGUGGAGCAGUGGAAGCAGCAGCUGGCGGCGUACCAGGAGGAGACGGAGGCACUGCGCCUCAGGGUGGCAGAGCUGGAGGCACAGGGCACCCACGAUUCCUCCAGCGAGAACAACAAGGAGGAGCUGAGCCAGACCCUGGAGGAGCUGGAGCUGCUGGUCAAGGCUAAAGAUGAGGAGAUCCAGAUGCUGAAGAGCCAGAGGUGCCGCUGGGAGGCCGAGGGGGAGCGCGAGGAGACGCUGCAGAAGCUGCAGGAGCUGGAGGCCCGGAACGCCGAGCUGGAGCAGCGGCUGCAGCUGGCAGAGCAGAGCCUGGCAGAGAGCCUGGCAGACAGGGACAGGAUGCACCACGAGGUCGCCAAGGCGGCCGAGAUCAUGGACGUGAAGAUCUUCGAGCUCAGCGAGCUCAGGCAGGGCCUGGCCAAGCUGGUGGAGAGCAACUGAGAGCAGCAGAGAGCCCCUGGGCAGGGGCACCUCAGCUGGGGCCGGGCACCACCCAGGGAUCCCGAGGGCACCAAGAGAUCCUGUGGGCACCACCGAGAGAUCCUGAGGGCACCAUGACAUCCUGAGGGCACCAAGAGAUCCUGUGGGCACCAAGAGAUCCCGUGGGCACCAAGAGAUCCCGCGGGCACCAAGAGAUCCCGUGGGCACCAAGAGAUCCCGUGGGCACCAAGAGAUCCCGAGGGCACCAUGAGAUCCUGAGGGCACCAUGAGAUCCUGAGGGCACCAUGAGAUCCUGAGGGCACCAUGAGAUCCUGAGGGCACCAUGA